UUAUGGUGCUUCUUUCUCACAUCCUUUCCGGACCAAGAUGUCGGUAUACGGGCCUAUCGUGAAAAUCCACCCGGUGGUUUUGGCGUCUAUCGCCGAUUCAUACGAGAGGAGGAACGACGGGGCGAUCCGAGUCAUUGGGACGUUGCUCGGCACAAUUGACAAGCACACGGUAGAAGUCACCAAUUGCUUCUCCGUGCCUCACAAUGAGUCGGAAGACGAGGUGAGUCUCUGGGGAAAGCUCGUCGGCCUUUAUUCUGUGUCCUCUGACGUUCCUCCAGAAGAAUUGUUUAAUAUCAUUGGUUGGUACGCCACGGGAUACGACAUCACGGAGCACUCGGUCCUGAUCCACGAGUACUACAGCCGGGAAGCCCAGAAUCCCAUCCACCUGACCGUGGACACGGCCCUGCAGAGCGGGCGAAUGAACAUCCGCGCCUACGUCAGCGCACAGAUGGGAGUGCCGGGCAAGACUGUGGGUGUGAUGUUCACCCCUCUGACUGUGAAGUACGUUUCCUACGACACUGAGAGAAUAGGAGUCGACCUCCUCCAGCGCACCCGCCAGAGUCCCAGCCGGACGGUAGGCUUGACCACAGACCUGGAGCAGGUCGGCACCGCAGCCGCCCGCGUUCAGGACAUGUUGACGACGGUCCUGAGCUACACGGAGGACGUGCUGUCUGGGAAGGUGACGGCCGACAACACCGUGGGGCGAUUCCUUACGGAUUUGGUCAGCAAAGUUCCCAAGAUCUCGCCAGAAGACUUCGAGAGCAUGCUGAACAGCAACAUCAACGAUCUGCUGAUGGUGACCUACCUGUCCAACCUGACUCAAGCCCAGAUUGCCCUCAAUGAGAAACUGGUCUGUCUGUAAACUGGAUGAAACCAAUAGAUCUACUAUUGCGGUAUUGUGCUUAAAUAAAGGUUUGUGUUGUCUCCCAUGA